AUGGAAGAAUUGCAAGCCAAGCACCGCAAGGAGCAGAAGGACUUGCAGAGCCGGAUCACGCAGAAGAAGAAACAGGCUAGUAAGAAGACACGCAAAGGUGUCAACGAUGAAUGUGAGAAGCUUGAAGCCGAGCUGAAGGAGAGACAAGCGGAAGAAAUAGCUGUUCUGAAUGGCGAAGUAGAUGAGAAACAUGUCGAGCCACCGAGUGAGGAUCUCGAGGCCUUGACGAUUGACGAGGCAGAGAUCAACGGCGAGACCAAGGAGCAGGAUGAUGGAGAAGGGCAUGCUUCUGGACCGGACCCCGUGAGCGAAGGUACCCAAUCCCAGCAAGGCAAGAAGCCCAAUCGAGCCAAAGCCCGCCUCGCCCGUCGUGCAGCAGAGCAGGAGGAACUGGUCUGCCAAGCAGCAGCCGAAGCCCAAAACCUCCCGGAUCUGAAGACUCAGGAGCGAGAUCGCAUGCUAGCCGCCACUAAGGAGAAAGGGUUGAAGGAGAAGGAGGUCAGAGCUGAUGGGCAUUGUCUGUACUCUGCUAUCGCGGACCAAUUGACAGAGGCGGACGUGUCGCUGUCUCUGGGCGCCGUAGGAACGAAUGAUGUACCAGCGUACAAGGUGGUGCGAGCAGUAGCUGCAAACUACAUCUCCCAGCACCCAGACGACUUCGCCCCGUUUCUCGAGGAGCCACUCGAAGAAUACGUACACAAGAUCCGCAACACAGCUGAGUGGGGAGGCCAAUUGGAGCUCCUGGCGCUGGCGAAAUCUUACAGCGUUGAUAUCAAGGUCCUACAGGACUUUGGCCGGGUGGAGAAGAUCGAGGGCAGUGACUCCAAUAACGACGACGACGACGAGAAGACGAUUUGGUUGGCGUACUACAAACAUGGUUUUGGGCUGGGAGAACAUUAUAAUAGUCUGCGAAAAGCUGGAGCGGGAUGA